CAGUUAAAUUUCAGAAUUCGCAAACUGCGGUCGCCCCAAACAAAUACCAAAACCAAACCAAGAGCGCGCCAAAUAAAACAAAACAAAAACAGCACAAUUUAUUUAGUAUAAAUACUAUACUCGAGAUAUUAUUUAAAAUAUAUUUAAAGAUAUAUAUUUCGAAAUAACCAUAUAUCAUGUUCAACAAAAGUCACAUCGUUUUGGCCAGCUCUUUGCUGUUGCUAAUCGCCCUGCCAGUAAUUCGCGCCGAUCUCAUGUGCUAUGUGUGCGACGAUUGUGCCCAGUUGCCGAAGGAUGCACCCCUGCUGGCCUGCAAUGAGGACUUCUUCAAUCCGGGCGGCAGCACAGAGGCCUCCACGGUGACCACCACCACAACCACGGAGGCGAGCACCACCACGACGGAUGAGACGACAGCAGCUCCUGUGGAAACGACCACAGCGAUCACGAGUGUGGAAACGGAUCCGCCCACCACAGAGUCCUCGACGACCACCGUGGAAACUACCGUAACUAGCGAAGCCACCACCGAGAGCACCCAGAGCACUGAGGCUCCGAUCCCCACGCCACCCACUGUGGGUCCCGUACAGACCACCACCGGAGUUCCCACGCCACCCGCCGAGGAUCUGGCUGCCCUAUCGGUGUUCUUGAACACCACCCGUCUGGUGCCGGUGGAUGCGGAUGCGGAGACCACCACCCCCAUUGCCUCCCUGGCCAUCCGGCAGCGACGAGCAGUGGUCGACACCGGGGUCACCUACCACUGCUACUCCGUUCAGGUUACAGUGAACGGCACAAUGACCACAGAUCGUGGCUGCUCCCGGGUUACCACCAUGGAGGGGGUUUGUGAGCAGCUUAAGAUCCAGAACAACAACACGGAACUGGCCAACUGUGAUCCCUGCAGUAUGAACGCCUGUAAUGGGGGCUCUACGCUUCAGAACUCCGUGCUGGCCUCCCUGCUUUUGGCCUUUGUGGCCUUUGCCCUGCAGCGCAACUAGGGUCAAGAUCACCAUCCAUCACCCGGUGCUUUAAUCUAGUAUUCCUCGUUUCUUUAACGCGAACACACACUCAUCAGUCCGCGCUCAUUGUUAAGUGAUUCGAAAAUUUAUGUAAUUUUUAAGAUUUACACAAAAAGACACGCACAAAAAACCGAAUAUCGAAAUAUAUACAACUGUAUUUGUAAUACAAACUUAAUCUAACCAAAUGUAAAGCUUCAGGCGACUUAAUAAAUAAUAUGUAAUUAUUAAAUCAA